AUGUCGGAUAGUGAAGAAUCUUGGCAUUCUUUUUUCGAAACAGAAACAUUGGAGGAUGUUUUCAAGAAAAAGAUAUUGGAAUAUGACCCAAAACUGGGAUUAAAUAUAUCAAAGAAAAUAAGAAUUCGCUCACUAGAAUUGAUUGACACAUUAGUUUUACCAUUAAAUAAAAUUGCUAAAGAUGAAAUUUCAAUGAUUUCAUUCCCAAUGUUGAGAGUUAUUCGUAGAGUAGUGGUGAUAUAUUCAGAUUCAGUUCAUCACUUGGCUGGAUUAAUUAAAACAAUCCAGGAUUCUGAAAAUUUGAUUCUUUUUCAAGUUAGUGAGUUGGAAAUAAUUAGGAAUGGAACUAUAGAAGAUUAUGAAACUGAAAACAAUGGAGGUAGUGAAAAUAUUGUUAAGGAAGUUGUUCAAAAUUUCAAAACUCCAAUAGAAAGACUUAGAUUAAAAAAUAUGGAUCUUUCAAUUAUUGAAUUUUUAAAACUUUUCCAAUUAGAGGAAUUUUCUAAAUUUGAGAGACUUGAUUUAGAGGAUUGUGAAUUUGAAGGUAUUAAAAGAACAAGAAUUUACGAAAACAAGCUAAAAAUCUCAGUAAAUUCUGUGAAGGAGUUUCACUGUAUCAGGACAGAUCCAAUCUUUGCAAGUUUUUGCCCAAAUUUAAAGAAAGUAAUUUAUGAAGCAAACUUUCCAAUGCAAGAUUACGUAUAUAACUCAUUUCAAAAAUAUAAUGAUGCUGAGAAAGGUAUAGGUAUUGAAUUUUUUGAGUUAAGAGUACCUAAGAACGAGAUUUCUGAAAUUCAAUUCUUGGAAAACUUUUUCAUUGGGAAUUUUCCAGAUUUAGAAAAUUUAAAGGAAUUUAGGAUAAUAGGAAACUCUACAAAUAAUAAGAAAUAUAUGGCAAAAGGAAGGUGCGAAAUAUUAAAGCAAUUAAAAGGAAUUAAUGUUGGAUAUAUAAGAAAAAACGUUUUCCCAAUGCUUAAAGUAUUACAGUUAAGAAAUUUGUAUAUAUCUUUGGAUACAUUUGACCAAAUACUUUUCAUGUUUUCAUUAAUAAACAAUACAAGACAUUCCAUUCAAAAUGAUAAUAUAGAAGAUAACAAUUAUAUAAACAAUUAUCAACAAGUUUUUGCAAAUUAUGAUUUAAAGUUUGAAGAUGGAUCUUCUAGAAAUCAUAAUUAUAACAUCAACAAAUAUCAAGGUAUGAGUAUUCAAGAGGAAUCAGAUUUCAUGCUUAGCUCUGACUACGCCAGCUUGGGAUUCUCUCACCCUGAUGAUAUUGGUGGUAAGAACAAAAACGAGUAUGAACCUUUAAGUAUGAGAUUUAAAGAUAAAGGAAUUUACAAUUGUGAUAGUUCAAAUACUUAUGGUAAUCAUAAUGUUAACUAUAAUAAUAAUUCUAAAGAAUGUGAUCAUAUUCAUGAAAAAAGUUACAUAAAUUAUAAAAUACAGAAUCAGACACUUUCUCAGCAUGAACCACAAGUUAUGCAACCAUUUCUUGACAUUAGAAGUUGGAUAAUAAGAGUUUCUAAAUCAAAUGAGGUUCACCAAAAUAAGAUAAAUGGAAUACAAUAUCCAUUCAAUUCAGGAGCACUUAUUCUAGACAAACAGUUGGAAGAAAUGAAAUUCCAAAAUAUAACUGAAAUCCACAGGAACUUAAUUUCAAACACUAUUUUAGAAUACCUGGUGGACCCACUCAAAACAAAUCUCAGCAUAUCUAAUUCAAAAAUUAUCCUUUCUUUGGGUUUUGAUAAUUUGAUAUAUUCGGGAUACAUGCUAGGAGUGUUAUUUGAAUAUCAAAAAACAGUUAAGGAACUCUCAGCAUUGUCAUUUUUAAUACCAAUUGAUUUCUUCUGUCAGCUUGAACUUAAUCAAAUCCAGGUACUCAAAGUUUCAUUAUUUAAAGAUAAAAACUUGGAACCAAGAAAUCUAAUUAAUUUAUGUUCUUGGAUAGAAAAAUAUGGAGGAAACAUCAAAUAUAUACAUAUUAGAGUAACUGGAACAAGUUCUAAAUGGGUACCUAAAGAAACUGAAAUAAUAAGACUUGUGAAUAUCUGGAAAAAAAUGUGUCCAAAAUUACGAAAAGCUAAAGAUCAAGAUCAAGUCAAAUUUGAAUGUUGUUUUGCUGAUAAUAUCUUUUCAAAAAUGAAUAACUUAUCUAUGGACUUUGAAUUUGAUACUGACUCUGAUUAA